GAGACCAGUGCGCUGCAAGGACGGUCUCGUGCGCGCAGUGGACGCUCUUAAUUCACCGGCAAGGAUUCGCUUCACAUCUUUUCUCGGAGCUCCAGCUCCAGUUCCAAGGUGACAAGGCGGGCGAGUUCGAAGUCUCCGGGAUUCCUGUUUUAUAUUUAGUGAACUAAUUGCCUAUACUCGCCAGCGUUCAUCUCGAGGUUGUCUUUUUGAAAAAAUAAAAAAAUCUUCAGCACCAAACGGGAUACAGUGAAACGAUGAAAAGUUGAAUGCGUCAAACUUCUACUACAUGCCAUCCCUCCGCUGCCAUUGGUCCUUGCACAGUUGCUGCGGAAUGUCUAGGAUGACUGUGAGGGAAAGGUGGAGGAUAUACAGAAGGCUGAGCCUGAUGUUCUUCCUGGCUGUGGUGACCCUGACAAUGGUCCAGAGAGGGAACAUCAGCACUGGGCUUCAGUUUGAGAUGGAGAGGCAGCACCCCCAGCCAGAGGCAGUGUCCAGUGGGGCACACCAGAAGAGGGGAGUCUACUUGAAGGCGAACAGCUUUUGGAAAGCGAGGAAGCCGAAGCAGGAGCACACCACAGAACCCCCCUGGACGAUGGAGGCCCGAGGGGCGCAGACCUGGGACGUCACGUCCGCCAACUGCACCGCCAACCUGAACUUCUCCGGCACGGACUGGUUCGCCGGCCUAGAGCCAAACUUCAAGCAGUUCCUGCUCUACAGACACUGCAGGUAUUUCCCCAUGAUCAUGAACCACCCGGAGAAGUGCCAAGGCGAGGUGCACCUGCUGAUCGUCGUCAAGUCCGUCAUCACCCAGCACGACCGUAGGGAAGUCAUCCGGAACACUUGGGGGAAGGAGCAGGAGAUUGACGGGAAGAGGAUAAAGACCCUCUUCCUCCUGGGGACCUCGUCCAAUGAGGUGGAGAAGGCCAACCACCAGAAGCUCCUGGAGUAUGAGGACCAAAUCUAUGGCGACAUCCUGCAGUGGGAUUUCAUGGACAGCUUCUUCAACCUCACGCUUAAGGAGACCAGCUUCCUCAAGUGGUUCUCCACGUACUGCAGCCAGGUGCGUUACAUAUUCAAGGGGGACGAUGACGUCUUCGUCAACAUCCAGAACAUCUUUGAGUUUCUGGGAGACACUGGAAUGGGAAACCUCUUUGUGGGAGAUGUUCUUUUCAAGGCCAAGCCUAUUCGAAAGAAGGAAAACAAAUACUACAUCCCCCAGGCAUUGUACAACAAGACCUACUACCCUCCAUAUGCCGGUGGAGGUGGGUUCCUAAUGGACGGUCCCCUGGCCAGGAAGCUCUACGGGGCUUCGGAAACCUUAGACCUGUACCCCAUUGAUGACGUCUUCCUAGGCAUGUGUCUGGAAGUGGUCCAGGUGUCCCCCAUUAAACACAAUGCUUUCAAGACCUUCGGCCUGGUGAAAAACAAGAGCAGCAAAUUGAACAAAGAGCCUUGCUUCUUCAAGAGCAUGAUCGUGGUCCACAAGCUGCUUCCCCCAGAUCUCUCCCACAUGUGGGAGCUUGUUAACAGCGACCUUGUCUGUGCACAGAAAGUGGAAAUCUUAUAGCAUGUGCAAAUUUGCCUUGAAGAGAUUAAUGAACAAAUACACAGGGGGUGGCUGCUCAUUUGGUUGAUUGGGCUGAACAUUAACUUUGAGUUCAUUCAAAGACAAGUUGGUACUCCUUGUUUUGGAGAAGACCUGGAGGUGUUUUAAACAUUAUUUUUUUAAUUUACUGUAUCAGUUGUUAGAAGAAAAAAAAGACAAAGAAACAUACAAGAAGGAAGUUUUUCAAUCAAACUUCUUUUGAUUUAUUAUUUAUAUUUCAGUGACAAUUGAGAGCAUUUGAGGAACUUCACUGUUGCAGUGCUUUUUAGACUGUGACUGUUGUGGUUUCUGACCAAUUUAGUGAGGUUGUUAAUUGCUGACAUGAGGGGGUCUUGUGCUAAGACUGUACGCUGCAUAGAGAGGUAGCAGCUCAAUUUGAAUAAAAAAUGAAAAUGGCAGAAAAAGCAUCAGACCAAGAACUGACCCACACAAACCUUUUGCUAGGAUUCAAUCAGCAUAUGUGCUCAACUUUGGCUUUUUAAAUUCAGGUGUUAAUUACAAAAUUAAUUUGGCAAGUUAAUUUCAGACUAUCUGAAUGCACCAAAUUUUCUUUGAGUCGAGAGUCAAAGUUGGUAUCUAGACAUUUGUCUUGAUACUGUGGUACAGUGGACCACACGUUGGAAGGAGUCCCAAUCAAACUCUCUACCUCACAUUUUUGUCAACAAGGGUGUUUUGUUUGCGUGUGCGUCUGUUCCUCUCUUAUGGGCCUGUGAGUGUGUGUGUGUGUGUGUGUGUGAGAGAGAGAGAGAGCAAAAGAGUGUGCACACUUAUUAAUAUUUGCUGUAUCCUUCAGCUUGGCGUAACACACUUAAUACAGUAAACCCUUCACAGAAGUUUCCCAGUCGUAAUCGAUUCCUACGUCGUCAACACAGUGCCAUACUCGUGUGAACUUGCUUCUACUUUAUGCACAGAACAGCGUUCCAAACCAUUAACAGGGAAAGAAAACCUCGGUUCUGCGUUUCCUUGGAAAUCGUUUACUACAAGGCCGAAAAUGUGCUGAGUCAUAAAUGUGAAUUGCACAAAUGUAUAGGGUUUACAAGUAUGAAAACAUAUCUGUGAAAUUAAGGAUACAACAACUGCUGGUACAUGUAUAGAAAAUGUUUAUAGAACAACUGCUGUCUCCACGAUUUAACCCAGGGGACGUGUGUUACGUAUCUUUAUUUAUGUUGAAAAACUGUUGGGGAAAGUGGUUCAAAUUGUGUUGGGCGAUUUAUGUUUUGACGUACUGUACAUAAAUGUAAAAAUAUGGGGAUAUAUAAUAAUAUUUGUAAAUAGAAAUAUUUAAAAUUCAGCUGUGAGACCUUUUCUUUUGUGCGUUGAUUUUUUUUUGCUGAUUUAAAAAGAUGUUUGUUUCAUUAUUGGAAGCAAUUUACAAUACAAUUUUUAAUUGGUUGGGAAUUUUUUUUAAAUUAGUUGAUUGGGAAAAUUGUGAAGUUCAUCGGAUAAUCAGGUCACCUUCCUUUUCUAAGUUCUGAUGUGAAGUUUAGCGUGUAAUUUCAUGGAAAAAGAUUUAAGAUUUGUUCUAAUCAGCUGUGAACAUUGUCUAGCUGUGAUUUUAUUUUAAUUUUUUUCUUUUGUUUCUCACAUGGAAAUUGUAAAUGUUUUGUCUCAAUAAAAACUCCAAACAAGAAGA